AUGGGUGGAAAGGCAGCUUCUAAAAUAAUUGGUACACCAUCAUUUGAUCAUAUGAAAUCGCAGAAAGUAUCAAUAGGUAAUCGUAAAAAAAAUCUUCCAAUAUAUUCAAGCUAUAAACUUAAUUCAAUGGAACAAACAAUUCCUAAAACAAAUAAAAAAGUUCUACAAUUUGUUGAAAAUGUUAUAUUAGUAUGGCUUGAUUCUUCAUUAGAAAAACAAACUGAAUCAAAUAAAAGUUUAAUAAAUCAAUUUUAUCGUGUUACGGGUAUUGUUAAAACAUUUUCUAAUGUAAAUGAAUGUUUUAAUUUUAUUAAUUCAAUUGAAUAUGAAAAAAUUUUUUUAAUUGUAUCUGGAUCACUUGGUAAACAAAUAUCACCACUUAUAGAAAAUUUAGAUCAACUUUAUUCAACAUAUAUUUUUUGUGGAAAUCAAGCAAGUCAUGAAGAAUGGUCAAAACAAUAUAAAAAAAUUAAAAGUAUUCAUACAAAAAUCAAAGAACUUUGUGAUGCAGUUAAAAAAGAUAUUCGUCAUUAUGAUAGAAGUAUAACACCAAUAAGUAUUCUUCCAUUAUCAUCAAUAAUAGAAUUAAAUGAUUCAAAUAAGGAUUUUAUUAAUUUACAAAUGGUAAAAAGUAUUCUUAUAAGUAUAGAAUAUGAUAAAAAAUAUCGACGAGAAUUUAUUAAUUAUGCUCGACAAUUUUAUUUAAAUAAUGAACAACAAUUAAAUCUUAUUGAUAAACUUGAUGACAAUUAUAGUCUACAUACACCUAUAUGGUGGUAUACAAGAAAAUGUUGUUUAUAUUCAAUGUUAAGAAAAGCAUUUUAUUAUCAAAAUUUUGAAGUUAUUUAUAAAUUAGCAUUUUUUAUUCGAGAUCUUCAUAAAGAUAUUAAAAAAUCUCAUUUACAAGCACAUAGUCAUCAACAUCGUGCAAUAAUUGUUUAUCGAGCAACAUCUAUGACAAAUAAUGAAUUAGAACAUAUCCAAAACAGUAAAGGUUGUCUAUUAUCAUUUAAUGAUUUUCUAUCAACUACUCUUGAACGAAAUAUAGCAUUAAGAUUUGUUAAUUUACUUCGUAAUGAUACAAAUUCAAUUGGUAUAAUAUAUAAAAUUGUAGUUGAUCCUGUAUCAACAACAAUUCCAUAUAUUGCUUUAAAUAAUUUAAGUUAUUUAUCCGGUAAUGAUGGUGAUAUUUUAUUAUCAAUGAAUACAAUAUUUCGUGUUGGUCAAAUUGAACAAAUGAGUGAACGUCUAUAUGAAAUAAAUUUAUUUCCAGCUAGCAAAAAAGAUGAAGAAAUAAAAAGUCUUAUUGAGUAUAUACAAGAUUCACUAGAAGGUCCAUCUAUAUGGUAUAAAUUAUGUAAAGUAAUGGUAGAUCUAAACGAAUAUGAUCUAGCAGAACAUAUUUAUAAAACUAUAUCGACUGAAAAAGAAGAUCAUGAACGCGAAGAACGCGCUUAUAUUCAACAUGAACUUGGUUAUGUAUGUGAAUUAAAAAAUGAUUUAUCUUCAGCUGCAAAUUAUUAUAAAAAAGCUAUCGAAAUUUAUUUAACUUAUUUACCAGAAAAUCAUCCAACAAUAUUACCAACAUAUAUUAAUUAUGCUUCUGUUCUUGAAAAAAAAGGAGAUUUAACUGGAGCAUUAAAUCAAUAUCUUAGUGCUUCUAAAAUUGAUAAAACUGGUGAUUCAAAUGUAAUUGCACAAUAUAAUAAUAUAGGUAGAAUAUUUCAACAACAAAAAAAAUAUCAAGAAGCAGAAAAAACUUAUGAAAAAGCUAUUGAAAUAUUAUUAAAAGAUUUUUCAUCUAAUCAUCCUGUUUUAGCAGAUACAUAUUAUAAUUUGGCUGGAAUGUAUUAUACAAUGAAAAAUUAUUCAAAAGCUUUAUCAUACUAUGAACAAACAUGUGAUAUUGAAGAAAAAUCAUUUAUAGUAUAUCAUCCAACAUUAUCAUCAACUUAUUUUAAUCUAGCAACAACAUUUGAAGCUCUUAAUGAUGAACAAAAUGCGAUUAAAUAUGCUACAAAAGCAGCUGAAACAGCUCGUUUUACUUUUGGCAAUGAUCAUACAGAAACAAAAGAAAAUGUUAAUUAUCUUGAACAACUUCAAGAAAACAGUAAAACUGUAAAAUUAUAA